AUGGGCAACACUGGCCAAGCGGCCUAUUCCGCCUCGAAAGCUGGGCUUAUAGGGCUCACAAAAUCGCUGGCGGUGGAGUACGGACCGCGGGGCAUCACCGUGAACGCAGUGGCGCCGGGCUACAUCGACACGGAAAUGCUGCGCGACGUUCGGGACAAGAUCGACCUCACCGCCAUCCCGCUCCGACGGCUCGGCCAGCAGGAGGUGGCGGACGCGGUGAGCUUUCUGGUGGGCAGCGACUACCUCACGGGCCAGGUCAUCGUGCUCGACGGUGGUCUCUCCUCCCAGAUAUGA